AAAGGAAAUCGGAAAUGGAAUACCAUUUUAAUAGCUAGUAGCUGACGGGAUGAUGUCAUUGACACUCACCAAUCAGCUGUUACAACCACAACAAAGCAAUCGGAUAUACGUGCUGCUCUUAGAAGGGAGGACUCCGACGUGCCUCGUUUAGUGACGCAAGGUUUAAAAAAAAAAAAAAGUGGCUGUAUUGUAGAAAAUGAAUCCUGCUAAUCACGGACAAUGUCACAUUCGCCGAAAUUCUCGAGAUGAGAGAAGUGAAGGUUUAAGUCGGGAGCACCUUGGGCACACAAAUAUAAGCCAGAACGGGACAGAAGGUUUGGAACAGGCCCCAUCACCCCAAGAGCUGGAGGAUAUUGCUCAGUCCCUGCAAAACCAGACCCCUCCAGAAGUUAAAGUGGUGGGUCCUCACGGAAACUGUCAACGAUCCUGCUAUGGCUCUGUUUCAUCCAUCCUUCCUACUGAUUGUGGGCACCUAGAUGAUACCUCCACCACCAACACCACUGGUGUCCACUGCCCAAAUAUGACUCCCAGCAAAAUGCAACGACGACUCAAGUUUUUCUUCAUGAACCCCAAAGAAAAAUGGCAUGCCCGGCGGCGCUUUCCGUGGAAGUUGCUACUUCAAAUAUUUAAGAUUGUGGUUGUGACAGCACAGUUGUGCCUCUUUGCUCAGCAGCGAUACAGCCAUGUGAACUAUCUAUGGGACACCAAGAUCUCCUUUUCGCACAUGUUCCUCAAGGGUUGGGAUACUACCAGAGAAGUUCAAGUUUAUCCUCCUGGAUCAGGUCCUCUGGCUGUAUAUGAAAAACAAGAUUUUUUUCAAUAUUUAGAUUAUGCCAUCACAACAUAUUCAACUAUCAAUGAGAAGGCCAUUGGAACAUACUCCUACAAAUACCGGGAUGGGGAUUUGGUACUUCCCACCCUUUGCAUGGCACAGUAUGCUGGUGGAUAUGUUUCCCCCAACAAUAACACUUUUAUGUUGAAUGACACCAUUGCAAAAUCAUGCAUAGACAUCCCAGUGCAGAUGAACGUAACAAGCUGGUCUAGUGAGGCAUUCUUGAAGAAGAAGAACUAUAUACUUAACUUUGAUCUACUUAUGAAUAUUGAGUUCACCUUCCAUUUGCACACAAUAAAGCUGAGAGUCAACUUGCCAUUUGACACACCAGAGUGUUAUGGCCUCACUGGGAAGGUAAUAUUCAACAACCAUGACCAUGAUGGACAAAUGCUGGUGAAUCUGGAUGUAGCAGCACAAGUACUGGAAUGCCAAGGCUCAAUAAAACUGGCAUCUGAGGCAUACACGCUCAAGGUGUGGAGGACAUUUAUCAACGUCACUAGCAUUAUGAUCUGUAUUAUUUCCCUCAUCAUGUGUGUGCGUGCCUUGUACCGUGCACAGCUACUCAGAAAGACGACUGUAUUGUUCUUCAGACAACAGUAUGGCAAGGAGCUAAGCCUGGAGGAACGCAUGGAAUUUGUCAACUUGUGGUACCUACUUAUAUGUAUAAAUGACAUUUUCAUCAUACUAGGCUCCUGUCUCAAGAUUGGCCUGGAGAGUAAGACGUAUCGCAUACAUCGAUAUGAGUUUGUGAAAGGCAGUGAUCUUGUGAAUUAUGAAGGAUACUUAGACACCUGGAAUGUAUGCUCUCUCUUCCUUGGGCUGGGCAACCUACUGGUGUGGUUUGGAUGUCUGCGCUAUCUUGGAUUCUUUACUACAUAUAAUGUGCUGAUUUUAACCCUGAAGAAGUGCAUCCCCAAUGUGUUGCGCUAUUCCAUUUGCCUUCUGAUGGUGUUUGCUGGGUACUGCUUAUGUGGAUGGCUGGUUCUGGGACCAUAUCACUUCAAGUUCCGUUCAUUCUCAUCUACAAUGGAGUGCCUCUACUCUCUCAUAAAUGGAGAUGACAUGUUUGCAACAUUUUCCUCUACCUCGGGCAAGGAUCCUAUGGUUUGGUGGUUCUCCCGCAUCUACCUCUACUCCUUCAUCUCUCUAUUCAUCUAUGUGAUACUCAGCCUCUUCAUUGCCAUCAUAAUGGAUGCUUAUGAGACAAUCAAGAACUAUUAUGAAAAUGGUUUUCCAUUAAAUGAAUUGAUGAAGUUUGUUGAAGAAUGUACUGAGGAGCCUUCCAGUGGAGUCUUUCAAGAUGAGGAUGAUCAUACUAUCCAUGAUGUAAUAAAUUCCAUCUGUUGCUGUGGUUAUGAGGUGCUGAUUGCCACGGCUGGAAUGGCUGAUUGCCACAGGCUGGAAUGGCCGUCCACAAACAGCACCAAUGGUCGCUUUUCUCCCAAUUUGGGAAUGAAGAUGUCCCUCAAAAAGAAUGAAUCAACAGUCUGCAGAAUAUGAGCCUCUCCUCACAUAAUGUAACACUGGACUUUUUUAAGAGUGAAGGUUACUUGGAUCCUUGUUGUAUGAUGUUUUAUCAGUAUGUUAUCUGUAAAUGUCAGUUAUAACUAAAUAUUGUAUGCAUGUGAAUAAUAACUAAGUGUUACUACUUCAGGGUUAUAGUAUGUUAAACUGUAUAGUACCAAAUAUAGUAUUUCAGUUUUAUUUCAAAGCAAGUGUGAUAAAUAUUUAUACUUCUAAUUUUAAGAAGGAAUUAAUUUAUUGAAAUGCAUUACAGUUACUUUGCUAGACUUGGGAAAUUAAUAAAGCAUUGUUAUGGUUUUUACUUUAAAUCAUAGAUGUACAUACAUACUCUAUUCAUUUUGAAAUUGGAAUAUCAUUACAAUUGGUCUCCUUUUUAUGUCUUCCCAUGCAUUGCAUUAACCUUCCCACCAGUUGCUAGCAAGCCAUGUUGUGAUUAGAUGAGUAACCAUGAUUUUGUGCUGUGUUUGGAGAAUGAAGGAGCGUUUGUAUGGGAAUGCUGUUGGCUAGUAGAUCAAUGUUUGAUGGGCAAAACCUAAAGAAAACAGUAUACAAAAUACUAUAAUGAGUUGAAUUUUGCUGAAUAUAUAUAUAUAUAUAUAUAUAUAUAUAUAUAUAUAUAUAUAUAUAUAUAUAUAUAUAUAUAUAUAUAUAUAUAUAUAUAUCUGUGUGUGUGUGUGUGUGUGCUUUUUUUUAUUUAUUUAUUCAUUUAUUUAUUAUUUUAUUUAUUUAUUUAUUUAUUUAUUUAUUUAUUUAUUUAUUUAUUUUUAUUUUUAUUUAUUUUUUUAUUAUUUUUUUUUCUUUUUUUUUUUUAGGGGGGGGCAGAGGUUCUACAUUGGUUUCUGUAGUUUAUCUAGGAUGGUGUCCCUAAAGAAUGACUUUGGAUUUGGCAUUUGGAAAUCAUUAGCCUGAGUGGCUGCUCUUCCUACCCUCGGACUAUUUCCAGAAUUCAAAUCCAUGCACCUGAAAACUCCUCAACCCCCAAAGCACCCACAGUUCGAUUGUACCACAACAGCCCUUAGAAACAUGUUUGUAUAACUGUACAAAUUGUAGAACACCUUAAUUUGUAUAGUUACUAUGAUAUUUUGUGAAAAAAGUGCCUAACUCUAAGCUAAGGAAUAAAAAGUAGUUUCCUUUUUGGGACUUUAAUAUUCUUGAAAGUAAUCUCCUUAUGACUCCACACACUUGGCCCAUUGAUCCUUCUAGUGAUGAAAACAUUUCUGGAAGUACUGUAAGAUGACUUCUUGGCUUUUAAAUUUGAACUCCUUCAGUAGAAUCUUCAGGUUAGAGAACACCUAGAAAUCAAAAUGAAUUAUGUAUGGAAAGUAGGUAGCCUAGCAAACCUGAAUAAUUUGGUGCAUGAUAAAGAAAUUCUGCAUUAGGCAUGAAGAAUAGACCAGAGAAUUGCCAGUUGCCUGCCUUCCAUAGAUCCUGGCCUAUACUUUGCAUUUGAUCCAGGAUUUCUUGGCCAAACAAUAAAUUCCUCAGGUUCAUCAUGCUCCCUACUAUCCAGACAUAGCUUUAGCUUACUGUGGUUUCUGGAUGUUCUCUUAGUAAAAACUACCAGUGAAAGGGUCCUGAUGUGAAAGACAAGAUAUUAUGCAGAAUAUGAUGAUGUACCCUGCAGCCAUUCCAGAUCAGGACUUCCAGAAAUGUUUUCAACAAUGAAAGGGAAAGAACCAAUGGAUCAAGUGCAAAGAGGCACAAGAGGUCUACUUUGAAGAUAUUAAAGUCAAGUCCCAAAAAAAAGCAAGCCACUUUUAAUCCUUUGGCCUAAGUUUUUUUGUUUUUUUCUCAAAAUCUCAUAUGUUGGCAUUGGUAGGGAUUACCACUAAGCAUCCAUCCAUGCUAUCUUACCUUAACUACACUACUUAGAAAACCAUUAUUCAUCUUAAUUUUAUAUUAUGCACAUUUGUUUUAUUAUAUAAUGCUUAAAAAUACGUCAUGAAACUACAUUUUGCACUCUUUGUAUUGAAGAUUGGAUGCCUCAAGAAUAUUGUGGUUUCUUGCUCUUACAGUACUGAUAAACUGAAGUCAAAACCUUCAUGACAAAAUAUUUCCAAACCAGUCACAAUUGUUCCUAGAGAUUAGAAUUUUUAAGGACUGUCAUUUGAUGCUACAUGGUAUAAUAUUAUUAAUCAUAGUUUGUUACAUUAUGUAAUGGUAAACAAUGAAUGGAUGUGAUAGAAAUAAUAGUUUAUUACAUUUGUAGAGGGAAGGGAUGGUGGAAAUGUUACACAAACUACACAUGUCAAUUAGUACUACUUGUAUUAUCAUUAAUAAUGUUACAACAGAAAAUGCAUUAUUUAAUUAAUUCUUUAUUCUUUCGAUAUAAGUGAAUAAGUGAGAAAUGGAUCACUAUGCAAAAUUAUGAUUGGCCAGUCUUAUUCAAUAUUGUUGUUCACAUUGACUUUGGUAGCAGGUAGCCCUUUGUUCUUAUUGCACGCUACUUUUUAAGACAUGAUACAGUUUCCAUGAAGCUGAUCUGUAAUUUGGAGAGAGAGAGAGAGAGAGAGAGAGAGAGAGAGAGAGAGAGAGAGAGAGAGAGAGAGAGAUACUCAUAUAAAUGUAUGGUGUCUUGUAAAGAAAAUUUACAAAACUUAAAGAUUAAGUCAUCAUUUUAAGUCUGAAACAUUCUAUGGUCAAAUGGUUUUAAUUCCAUAGUUUAGAGAUUGUAGGGCAUUUAAAUAUGGACAUGAAUCAGUGGCAAGUGGCUACACAGUCCCAUCCUGCAACAUCCAACUGAUUGCUGUUACCAUAGGAGGUUUGUUAUGUUUUAGUUAUUAUUUGCUACAAUGAUACACCACUUUCUUGAGUUUCAUUCAUCUCUUUAUUUACAAAAAUCCUGAUGUGAAAUCAAAUAAUCUCCUCAAGAUGGCAGUCCCCACCACUGCUGCCCUUCCUGCCUCCCGUGCUAUUUACUAGUCAAUCUUAUUUAAAUGUCCUGUGAUUUCUGAACCUUGAUGCUAAAAACAUUUAAUCUGCUGAGUCUUUUUAACUUGGAAUUACCUGAUCUUUAAUUUAUGUUAAUAUGUGAUUUUCCUCACUGGACACCCUGUAUAAACUUACACCCAUCAUAUUGUAUUUGGUAUACUAUGUACAAAAAUAAAUUUUUUGAUGAGGAAAUCAUUGUAAUGACAUGGGU